AUGCCUCGAGGCCUAGGUAGCAAGCUGCGGGCUCGAGAGAAACGCCACCGCGAGACCCAAGGCAGUCACCCAACUCCCAACCAUCCUCAAGCCCCCAGAGCCGACAAAAAAGAGUCCAAGUCGUGCUCUAGAGGUGCUUCUACAGAUGCCAUUCCUCCGAGCACCUCGGCUGAAGAUUCUCCUAAGAAGAAAGGUGGAGCUCUCCCUACCACCUCCAAGGCUCCACGUACCACCACUUCCAAGGCACCAGUAGCCUCCACCACCAAGGUGCCAGCCAACUCCACCUCCAAGGCGCCACCCGUGUCCACCUCCCGGAUGCCAGUCGCCGCCACUUCCAAGAUGCCACUUGCUUCCACCUCCCAGAUGCCGCUCGCUAAGACCUCCAAGAUACCACCUGUCAUCACUAGCAAGGCUCCACCUGCCACCACCUCAAAAGCUGCAGCUGGUGAUUCUCUAAAGAAGUCUUGCAAAAGUGCCAAUCCCCGAAGGGCGGAAGCCGCUGGUCCAGCUAAGGCCUCACCAUCUAAUGAGCGCCCCUGGAAAGACUUCAUUCUGAGAAAGGCCGGGAUGCUGAUGCAGUACCUGCUGUACAAGUACAAAACUCAACAGCCCAUUGUGAGAGGAGAAAUGGUGAAAAUUAUCAACAGAAAAUUCAAAGACUAUUUUCCUGAAAUACUGCAGAAAGCAUCAGAGCGGAUAGAUCUGGUAUUCGGACUUGAGUUAAAGGAAAUCAAACCUAAUAGUCCUUGCUAUACUUUAGUGAACAAGGCUGAGCUUAGCAGUAGUGAGAUGCCCAGUGGCUUAGACUUCCCCAAGAACGGGCUUCUCAUGCCUCUGCUAGGUGUUAUCUUCUUGCAUGGCAACUGUGCUAAGGAGGAGGAGGUGUGGGACUUUUUGAGUAUUUUGGGGGUUUAUGAUGGGAGGAAGCACAUUAUCUUUGGGGAGCCCAGAAAACUUAUAACUCAGGAUAUGGUAAAGGAAAAAUAUCUAGAAUACCAACUGAUACCAGGGAGUGACCCUCCAAGUUACCAGUUUCUGUGGGGACCUCGAGCUCAUGCUGAAACCACCAAAAUGCAAGUCCUCGAAUUUUUAGCUAAGGUCAAUGAUACGGUCCCUAGCGAUUUCCCUGGACACUAUGAGGAGGCCCUUAGAGAUGAGGAGGAGCGAGCCCGAGCCAAAGUGUCAGUGAAGCAUGGCAAUCCUGCCAAAGCCAAGGCUCCAGCAGGACCUAGCACUUCCUCCUACCAGCAGUAA